AUGUCAGAUUAUUAUCACCCAUACUUUAUGCUUUCACCUAUAACUUUCAAAAAGCUUUUUGCUUUUGUUUUUGGGAAUAAGGAGACGGAAACUUAUCCAUGGAUUCCAUUUGUGUGUUUCAAGAUUGUUGAAUGUGCGUUAGAAUUAGGAGGAACACUAAAAACGCCAGAGAACGUACCAGUUUUCACAUUGAAUAAGGACAUAAAUCCAGAAGAAAUGUUAGUGAACCAGAUAUCACGGGUUUUGAACAACUGGGUCCAACAAUGCAAGAUGGCCUUGCAUCUGACCAAUAAAGAUCUUCUCAGUGAAAAUAAAAAUAAACAGAUAAGUAUUCCACUUAAUGUCAGAUUAUUAUCACCCAUACUUUAUGCUUUCACCUAUAACUUUCAAAAAGCUUUUUGCUUUUGUUUUGUAAAAAGACUUUAA